AAGCCUGCCAAACCCAAAGUCCGGCCAGCAUCUCUAAUUCUCGCGUGGCGACGCUGGAUUUUGCAGUGCCCGUAAGAGCCGGGCAUCCUUGCCAGCGCACGCCGGAGCCGCCCGCCCACCCCCGCGGUGCGGUGUCGUGUCCGAUUCUCUUUGUCGCCGCCGCGCCGCCGAUGAGCUGAGCUGAGCCCCGCCGCCGCGCUGGAGUUGGAGUUCCUCGCUCCUUGAGGCAUAUCCAAGGUCCAUCCCGUCCGGCUCUGCACCUCAAUCUGAUACGCACCUUUUCCCGGUGACUUCUCCGACCGGCCGGCCCGGGUAAAGCUCAAAAAGCUGCGGGCUUGCGGGCGUCAUCUUUAUCCGUUUCUUGCCGCGUCGCCAGGGAAUCCUCCUGCUCCGGCACACCCAAACUAUUGCCGCUCAAUUGCUAGCCGCCGAUUGCUCCUCCGAUUUCUUCUUCUUCUUCUUUUUUUUGGCGAGAAAAAAUUGUUACUAGCUAGUUCUCAUCAGAAACCGCUGUUCCAUUGACUGGAUUCAGUUCAUUAACCCCUCCCUGCUCUGUUGUUACUAAGGAUCGAUCGAUCGAAGUUUUCGUCUUUUGAUUCCACGGCUGAACUUUCCUCUGAAAAAAAAAUCUCUCCUUUGUUGUUCCCCGUCUUCAGCUGAUCGGCAUGCUGGGAGGAGCUGCGGCGGCGGACGCCAAUGGCAAGGACGGCGCCAUCAGCCCCGCUCCCACCCGGGCGCCGCCGCCAACGGCGAACAGAGCGGCGCUGCCUCUGAAGCUGAAGCUCCUCCGCCCGCUCCUCCUCCUGGCGGUGCUCGCCACGGGCUUCCUCGCCGCCGUGGUCCUGCUCCUCGGCGGCUCCACCUACUCGGUGCUCCCGCGGCUCUCCGUCCCGGACGCCCUGUCGUCCGCGCCGUCGUCGCGGCAGCCGCGGCCGCACCCCCAGCCCCAGGCGUGCGCGGGCGACGGCGGGGGAUCGCCGCUGGAGCGGCGGGCUCGGCCGCCGGCGGGCGCGUGGCACAACAUGACCGACGAGGAGCUCCUGUGGGCGGCGUCGUGGCAGCCGAGGAUCGGGCGGUACCCGUACCGGCGGGUGCCCAAGGUGGCGUUCAUGUUCCUGACGCGCGGUCCCCUGCCGCUGGCGCCGCUCUGGGACAAGUUCUUCGCCGGCGGCGACAGGGCGCUCUACUCCGUGUACGUGCACGCCACGCCCGGGUACCGCGCGGACUUCCCGCCGGCGUCCGCCUUCUACCGCCGGCAGGUGCCCAGCCAGGUUGCUGAAUGGGGGCAGACGAGCAUGUGCGACGCGGAGCGGCGGCUGCUGGCGAACGCGCUGCUGGACCCGGGCAACGAGCGCUUCGUGCUCGUCUCCGAGACGUGCGUGCCGCUCUACGGCUUCCCCGUCGUCUACCACUACCUCACCCGGUCCCGGCAGAGCUUCGUCGGCGCCUUCGACGACCCCGGCCCGCACGGCCGCGGCCGGUACCGCGCCGGCCUGGCCCCCGAGGUGCGCCCCGAGCAGUGGCGCAAGGGCGCGCAGUGGUUCGAGCUCGACCGCGCCCUCGCCGUCGACGUCGUCGCCGACGACCGCUACUACCCCAAGUUCCGCGAGCACUGCCGCCCGCCCUGCUACGUCGACGAGCACUACCUGCCGACGGUGCUCUCCGUGGAGGCGCCGGGCCGGAUCGCCAACCGCAGCGUCACGUGGGUGGAUUGGUCCCGCGGCGGCGCGCACCCGGCCACCUUCGGCGAGGCCGACGUCGGCGAGGCGUUCCUCAAGCGGCUGACCACGCCGGGGAAGGAGCAGGGGACAUGCACCUACAACGGCCAGCCGGCGGACGUGUGCUUCCUGUUCGCCAGGAAGUUCGCGCCAAGCACGCUCAAGCCGCUGCUCGCCCUCGCGCCCAAGAUGCUCGGAUACGGCGGCUAAGUUUUUUUUUUCUUUUUUGUUUGCCUUUUGUUUUGCUCACCAUCUCCAACUUACACAUAAUUCACUAAUGGUGGUAUACAAACAUACAUACAUACGUACGUACUCGAUCUGCUGAAUGAUCAUCGAUGUAAAGAUACAGCUUUGUUCAUCACUUACACGAACAUGACGAACAUUAAAUUUUUUUUCCGGCUCAUCAA